UCCAGGUAUUUCUUACCCAAGUCACUGGUGAAUGACCAUUCCUCCACUGAAGGUAAAUUAAGAGAUAAUUUAAAUGCUUACACAGUGACACUUCCCCUGAUCUUGCCACGGUUCUACCCUGAUCUCUUCAUGCUGUAUAUGCUGUACCAUGAGACAGAAGAUUCACUGUACUGGAAGGGAAUACUGCAUCUGGAACAUCUCUCUGACACCAAGCUGCUGGAAUUUCUUGAAGUACAAAAAGACUUGUGGCCUCUUCAAGAUAUCCAUCUGACAAGCAAACAGAGAAUCUCUGUUGUGAAAGACGUCUGCUUCACUUCUGCCAUCUUAUGUUUCCAAAAGAUAAGUACUACAGCAGACCCUCAGGAAAAGCUGAACACCAUCAUGAAAACGUAUCAUGAGAUUGAGGGCACAGUGACACGAGUGCUAAAGAGGCAGUACAGUCUCUCCAUGGAUGACCUACUACCGUUGCUUGUUUAUGUGGUUUCUAGGGCAAGAAUCUUGCAUUUGGGUGCAGAACUCCACUUGAUACGAGACAUGAUGGAUCCUUCCACUGAGGGCGGAAUGAAUGACUUCUUGCUUACUGCUCUUGAUUCUUGCUAUCAGCACCUUCAAAAAGAGGAAAUACGGUCCAGGAGUUUGCCUAAAUAAUGUCUAACAACACAAAAAAGAAUAUUUCGACCAAGGAAUGCAAGAUGAACAACACUACAGAAACAUUAAAGAGUGUGCAAUUGAAUGCAGAGAUAGUAGGAACUGCAGAUGCUGGAGAAUCUGAAAUAACAAGGUGUAGAGCU